CCCGGCUCUAUUUGCGUUCGAUUGAUCGAACCAUAACGUUAGUAGAAAAUCGAGUUAGGUGUACAAUUCUCAAUUGUCCAUAUGUACGCCUAUUGCACGGAAUACGUCAACGAUACAAAGCCAGCUAUUUCCACAGCGACGACGACCAACGACGAGAGUUUCAUCGACAAUAGCAGUGAUGUGGCCUGGCGUUUCUUGUUGGGUUGUGUGAUUCCAAACGCCCCAACGCCGUCCCAGAUGUCAUCGCGGAACAGCGACGACGAAAUGAAGUCAAACGCGUACAUUUCCCUGUCCCAUGGGGCGACCCUGCCUGGGACCGUCGACCACGUGUGCCCCAGAUGUCCGACCGACGUCGCCAGCAUCUGCAGCCAAAACAAAUCGGCGUCAAGGAGUGCCUGCCGGGGGUCGUCCUUGGCCACGGCCUUCUUUGCAGCGCGGAUGUUGGAGGUGAACCGAAGCAGCGCCAAGAUGUCGUAUUUCACGUUGGCCUCGGGCACAAACUGCACAUUCACCAUCGCGUGCGCGAGUUGCUGAGAGGGUGAUGCGGUAGGCCCUUUGUCGUUUGCAUUUUUGGCCUGGCUGACUUGAAAGUGCCGCAACGCACUGUUGAUCGGCACCAGAGCUGUGUCGACAAACAAGUUGGAAUACAAAACCCACCCGAUCGUGCCGAAGGACUGGAUCACGACCAGGUAGUACUUGUAAGUCGGAUGGUACUCAGCGUAGCCAAAGAAACAGUAAAAGAGCACGACGACAGCCAUGAACCCGACCUUGGCUUGGGUUGCAGGGUGGUCGAACGACCGAGCCUUGAAGUUCACAGCGACUUUGUGCUCCCACAGUCGGUAAUACAGGUACACGCGGCAAGGGUACUCGUGGAGCAGGACGAUGACAACAACUGCAAGACAAAGGGGCAAAAGUAACGCCAGCAUCAACACUGCGACGUUGACCUGGGUGUUGUCUGGCACCUUGGCGAUCACUGUCGUGAAGGCCACGAAAGUCGAGUACAACACGGAGGCCAUCGCGAGGUGGUAGGGGAAAAUGAUCGACUUGUGAAAGUCCCACAUCGACGCCUCUGGCGUUGCAACCCCGAUGAGGGGGCGCUGCUCGAACGGCAGUUCGCUAGGCGUGAACACGUUGUUAUUGCCAACAAAGCCGACAAAGGAAGGGGAAUGCACGACCCCCACGAGUUCUGCUCGCACCACAGGAUUUGGAAUCCACGUCGCCACCUGUGCGUCAAAGCGCUGCACCAUUUCUGGCGAACACCACAAUUUUGUAACUGGUGCUGGUGGAUUCUGUCCAGUCGUGGGAUCGGGAGGCGCGCAGUCGGCGGGCGCAUCAAGAGUAACUCCUACGUCGGUGGGGGUCACGAUUGAAUCCAUAUCCAAACACACAAACAGGAGAAGGCAAGACCAAAACUGACGAAGCCAUCGGCACGUUAUCACAAUUGUAGCGACGGGUUCGAG